AUGGAAUCCCUCGCAACCAUGACCACCGAGCAUUCUUCCUCCCUCAAGCGGCCACGGUCUCCCACUGAACACAACCCGCUCCCCGCUGCAAAGGUCCCCAGAACCGCAACGAACCAUUUACAGAUCAAUUACCUGGCUCGGCAGCAUAAAGAAACCAUCCCGCUGGUCACGGUCAACGAUAAACUACCAGAAAUAGCUCGGCUUCUCAGCGAAUAUGAUGGAGUUAUACAACGUCAUGAAAGUAUGGCCGGGAACUUGGGGGCAUGUCCUCUCGGGCCUAUCCUACUCAAGCGCUUUGAAAGGCUAUUCGAUGGACCUCCCAAAGUUUUAAAGUCGCACGCAAAAGACUCCAAUGUCACCUGGUUGGACGUGGUAGAGUUCGCGCAGAACAACCCCAAACAGUUCAACCUGGAAAGAACUCGAAAUGGCGUCAGGGUCUGCCAAUUCUACACCAAGCAGUGUCGGGUGGAAAUUUCGGAGGAAGAUUUCGUUCUAAUCGCCAGUGGUAUGCCUCAGAAGCUCAUUCCACCGCAGCCCAUCCUGGAGGAUGAAGAGAAGGAACUCGGAGUCAUGGAUUUGCUGGAUCGAAACCUCGGCCAAGUCAUCCAGCUUGCAGACCAAGUUUCCGGUCGAGCUCGUCAAUUGAUCCAUAAAAUGAAGAAUCGACGGACAGCCAUCUUAAGUCGGCGUGAGCAAGAGGUGGAGUCGUUGAGGAGAAACAAUCUCGCACCAGAGGGGCCCUCCAUGUCACCCGCCGAAACGAAUGGAAUACACACUGGAAAGCCUCUUAAAAGCAUUGAGGUGUCCCAGUCGCCUCCGGUUGGAUUUACUGCCGUCAACCUGAAACCGCCCGGUGCAGCAGUUUCAGAGUCACGGCCCUCACUAGAUGCCGCCGAUGGUGUAAGACGCCAAGGGGAGGAUACAUACGGCACACCAAAUGCGGGAAAUGUCACGAUCAUCAAUGGCAAAUCAGUCAAGGACGCCUCGCCUUCGGUUCGCGCCGAGAUGAUGAAGAAGUUCCUGACCCCGGGUGAGCGUGAAGCUGGAUUGGAUGAGGAUGCGGUGCGGCGGUCAUCCGUAGGCACCGCUCGGACGAAUGCCAUGCAAGCAGCAUCGGCGGAGAAGGCUCGGUCUGGCUCAAUUGAAGAUCCCUCAGGUGGUGCUCCGGGUGGCAGGAACCCGCCAAGCGUGGCCAUUCCGAGCACUCCGGCAUCUCUGAUUCCUCAUGUGAAACCGUCUACAUUCGAGAGGGACGAUGGCGGACCGUUCAAGGCGGAAAUGGUACGACGAAUGGACAGUAUGUGGAAAGGCGAACGGAUAGUCCCUCCGUGUGAUCGCUGUCGAAGAUUGCAUAUGGAUUGUCUGAAGAAUCUCACAGCAUGUAUGGGCUGUACUAAGAAGCAUGCCAAAUGUUCAUGGAAAGAAGUCAAGGCCCACGAACUGCAAAUGAGCGCACAAUCACCUUCACCGGAUAGGGACGUGGCUACGGCGUCCGGGCCGGACACGACCAACAUACCACCACUGUCUGCUGAUUCCACCAUCGAGGUUUCCCAGCCGUCAGAUCAGUCGGCCGGCUCCGCCAGCAUCGCGAGAGCUUCCUUGGACCUGGCGGGAGAAAGCAGCGACGCAGUUAUGGACCGAGGAACGAGAGAUUUCGAAGCGCGCAGGCCCAGUGAGCCGAUAUUGAUGCGGACUUCAUCAGCACGGUUUGAUGUUCGACCCCCGCCCUUGACACAGCAGUUGCAAGAUGCCGCGGAAGGUCGAGUGCCAGCCGGGCCGAACACGGUCCCCUCGUCAGUUCCGCCUGGUGGGAAGCGUUAUUUCGAGGACAACGAUGAAGAAGACCGACUGGAAGCAUUGGCAGCUCGAGUGUUUCGCACGGCGUCCCAGAGCGGGCAUCGGUCUUCUUAG